CCACGUCGGUCCCCCGCGUCCGGCGCCGCGCUCCGAUGGCGUCGCGGGGCCCGGCGCUGCUGCUGCCGCUGCUGCUGGGGCUCCUGCUCCGCGCCGAGCCGUCGCGGGGCGCCGAGCUCACCUUCGAGCUGCCCGACAACGCCAAGCAGUGCUUCCACGAGGAGGUGGAGCGGGGCGUGCGGCUCUCGCUCGACUACCAGGUAAUCACUGGAGGCCACUACGACGUGGACUGCUAUGUGGAGGAUCCCACGGGGAACAUUCUCUACCGCGAGACCAAGAAGCAGUACGACAGCUUCACGCACCGGACCGAGGUCAAGGGCGUGUACCAGUUCUGCUUCAGUAACGAGUUCUCCACGUUCUCCCACAAGACUGUCUACUUCGACUUCCAGGUGGGGGAUGAGCCCCCCAUUCUCCCAGACAUGGGGAGCAAGGUCACCGCCCUCACCCAGAUGGAGUCUGCGUGUGUCACCAUUCAUGAGGCCCUGAAGACAGUGAUCGACUCCCAGACCCAUUACCGCCUGCGGGAGGCCCAGGACCGGGCCCGGGCUGAGGACCUGAACAGCCGUGUCUCUUACUGGUCGGUGGGCGAGACCAUCGCCCUCUUUGUAGUCAGCUUCAGUCAGGUUCUGCUGCUCAAAAGUUUCUUCACAGAAAAAAGACCCAUCCACAAGGCAGUCCACUCGUAGCCAGGGCCCCUCGCACCCUAGAUCCGCCAGCCCGCGGGGCUGGUGUGCAGCCCUGUGUGCACAGAGCUGCGGGGGGGUUACCGGGCACCCUGCACACGUGUCUGACCCUUGCACCCACUCACCCGAAAGCGUCCAGUUACAUUAUGUUUGCAGCGUUGGCCACACGGAUGGUAUGGAGCUGGGGCUGGCGGCUCACCCCUGUCGGCCCAGCUACUCACGACGCUGAGGUCUGGGGAUCACCAUUCAAAGUCAGCCCCUGCAGAAAAGUU